UACACUGUUAUCAAAACAUCACGCCAGUGUAAACCUACACAAAACGCAGCCCUUAUAUUAAGUGUUUCCAAAAUCCCCUAUGGGACAAGUGAAUGGCUGAAAAAUGAUUGGAACCAUUUCCCUGUUUGACUGCACACUUUUAUGGGCAACAGGGACAGAUCGAGCAGUUGGCAUGGGCCUGGUUGGCUUCAGCCUCCUAUUGUUUACAUACUACACAAUCUGGGUCAUCAUACUGCCCUUCGUGGACAGCGAUCAUGUGGUCCACCAGUAUUUCCUUCCACGGGAGUACUCUGUCAUUCUACCUGGGAUUGCAGCAUUGAUACUGCUGCUCUGUGUACCUUCAUUGGAGUGGUCACCAGGAAGAACCGCAAGCCUAAGGUGGACUAAGAGGGAUGGUGUCACAGAGACGCUGUCAGACGGGUCAGGAUGUAGAGCUAGGAGUUAUGCUAACAGUAGCUUCACUAGAACCUCCCUGGUCCAGCGUCUUGCCUUACAUUCCGUUGGGAGAAAUCAAAAAUAAAGUCUGGACUGCUUCUCUCUGACAGCUGAUGAAAACAUCUAAUGACUGAAAGACAUAAGACAACACUUGAAGAGCUGCUGUACACCACCACCUAUCCCAUCUCCUUAUAUUCAGACCCACAACCUUGCGGUUGGCAAUGCAUGUCAGAGAUUGACGUUAAAGUCUGAAAGGCACUUGCCCAUCGGGCAAGUCAAAGGCUUUUUUUGGUUGCCAAAAGAUUAUGAUCACUUCCCUGAAAAUGUAAAUUAGUUAUUUAUACACAAACUGCCAUAAAUGGCCUGCCUGUCACCUACACAUAGGGAAGGAAUCAGAUCAGUACUGGAAUUCUUUGUAUUUUGGUUGUUAUCAGUAAAAACAUUAAUAGCAGGCUCAA